AGCUAUUUUUACUCUAUAGAGGAUGUAAUCUUGAAUGAGGUUUGUGCUUCAACAAUAACUAGUGAUAUUAAAUAACAUUUUAAACAAGAUAAAUAACUGUAUAAGCACUUUAAAAAUUUUCAAAACAUCUGCAGACGUCUUUCACUAAAGAUGGCAAACUUAAUAGUAGCAAUUUUGAUAAUCGAGCUCAUAAAUAUUUCUGUCAAUGGGCAGUAUGAGUUUUCUCUAAACUUCUCUGGAAGGCUGGAUCCAGACUGGGUGUACGCCGAAUAUUCAGUAGGUUCGAAGACAGAAUGUGCUUCACUGUGUUUCAAAGACAGCGAAUCUUGCUUUUAUUUCGGACACGAGGCCAAUAAAUGUAAGCUUUUGACCAAUUCUGUAGAUGAAAAUAUUUGCUCAACUGACAACUGCGACUUCCCGAAAAUAAAGAUCUAUAAACUGAAACGAGAAAAGCGGGCAUCAGAAGACAGUGCUGAAUAUUUCGACUGUAGCUCAGAGGACGAUGUAGAAGCAAGUAUUGAAUGCAGAAGCGCUGAGUUUCUGUUGAGAGGCAUAGGAUCGAGAAGUCCCUUCUUCGGCGAUGUCUUGGGCUGUACAUGUACAAAGAUGGACCAAGGUGUUUACGACCUCGAAGAGAGAGAGUUACAGUUUUUUUCUUCUGAUAGUGACUUAUCAUUAAUAGCCAACUGUGAAAGCGAAGAUGAAAUCAUAACUAAAUUUAAACUUUGCAUAACAGAUCCAGGUAUUCCUGUGGCAAUUACCGUCUCCUGCUCUACUAUCAAGAAUCCUGAAUGGAUGGAGUCCACCUACAACGUCACCAGUGAUGAAAUGAAACACACACUAAUAGAUUGUGGAGAUAGUGCAGCAAUUCAAAAGAUCUACUUUGAAGAUGUAAAAAGUGCUAUAAGAGUCACCUUCACAUGCAUCAUGCUAAAUAUAAUAUAGAUAUAACUGGCUGAUAGACUGCUAUAAAUCUCUACUAAAGACCAACAUUUCCAAAAUGAAACAUAAAACCAAAUAACAAAAAUUAAUAACUUCUUUAUUGAAUGGAAACUGAGAUAUAAUGCAGCCCACACAGAAAAUGAACAUAAGUCUUAAUUUAUCUACCACAGUUUUUACAUGAUAUAUCUAUCAAAUGUAUUUCUUGAUCUAUUUUAUGUAGUAAACAUGAAUUAAAGUUCUUAAAUCUUAACUAUUAA